CUCGUAAAUUGCAGGCAUCAUCAAUUAUAAAUACAGUGCUAUAUGGAGCUGUUUGUAUAUCAAAAGGAAACAUAGUUAUUUAGAAAAAAAAAAAACACAAAAAAGGGGGAAAAUGAUCGGACCAAGUCGUCCAUUGUUCGUUCUCUUUGGUUCAUCAAUAGUGCAGUUUAGUUAUCUUCUUCAUGGCUGGGGUGCAACCCUUACGGGCCUCUACGCUCGCAAGGCUGAUAUAUCAUUGCGUGGAUAUGCUGGUUGGAACUCAAGGAUGGCUAUUCAAAUUUUGGACAAGGUUUUCCCAAAGGACACAGAAAUUAAGCCUUCCCUUGUCAUACUCUACUUUGGUGGAAAUGAUUCAGCAGAUCCUGAUUUUCCUAACAGUCCUCAUGUCCCUCUCCAAGAAUAUGUUGAAAACAUGAGGAAAAUUGUACAUCAUAUCAAGAGCCUUUCAGAAACGACUCGUCUAAUAAUGCUAAGCGCUCCUGCGGUGAACGAGGAACAAAUUGUCCAAUUUUAUGGGAGUAAUCUAGGUAGAACAAAUGAGAGAGGUCGAAUAUAUUCAGAAGCUGGUAUCAAAUUAGGCCAAGAAUUAGGCGUGAAGGUUAUUGAUUUUUGGUCAGCUCUUCAAGAACGCCCUGAUUGGUUGACGACGGUCUUCUGGGAUGGAAUGCAUUUAACAAAGGAAGGAAGUGACAUAGUGGUGAGGAAAAUUUUGAAGGCACUAAGAGAGGCAGAGUGGAAGCCAAGUCUACACUGGAAAAAAAUGUCUGAUGAAUUUUCUGAUAUUAUCAUAACACUCAAUGGUGCUGAUGGCAUUAUCCUUGAUGAUUGGCAGAAGGAAUAUGAGUAAAACUCUACUGAUUACUUGUAUGAACGUAACUAAAUUGCAAAAACUUUUGGGUGCAUAUUAUAAUAUGUAAGAAUGAGAAAUGUAAUUUUCAUUUAUCAUUUUCCUUUUGAUGUUCUACAAAUUAGUCGUUUGCAAUAAAAUAAAUGUUCACUGGAAGUUAAAAA